AUGCCGUUCCUCGACCUUCCAACGGAGCUGCUCAUCCACAUCCUCGCCUCUGCCUGUUCCCUGACCGAUCUGCGAACCCUGGCGUUCACCUCGCGCAGGACCUACGCCAUCUUCCAGGACGAACAGGCGGCCCUCAUCUACCAAGCCCUUGCCAACGAACUGGGGCCGGUCAUCGAUGACGCCCUCGGCCUUUCCGACCUCGAGGCUUUCGGCCUGGCUGCCCCCGAUUACUUCAAUGACGACUACCGAGCCGCCCUCACCAAAUACGGUGGGUAUCUCUCAGGCCACGGUCACCCAUCCCCUCGCCAGCUGCCGCUGGACUAUGUAUUGCGCCUGGUCCGCUCGUAUCGGGCCAUGUCCGAACUGAGCGGAAUGUACAUUACCAGCGCAUUCAACCUCAUCAAACGCGAGGCCCUACCAUCGUCUGUUCCCACAACCCCACCUGGCUUGACGGCUGCCCCAAGCCGCUCGGAGUGGCUCCGCGUCCUUCGGGCACACUAUCGGCUACAGAUGGCUCGUUCUAGCUAUCACGCUGGCGCGUCCGCGAUCGAAGCCAAGUCGAUAGAGGACGCCCGAAACGGCAAAGCUUUGUUGUUUGAACUGUGGGGCCCAUGGGAAGUCCAGCAGAUCUUUUCCGUCGGUGGCUUGUAUAAAAGACUUGAACAUCGCCUCAUUCAUUCGCCGAAUAUCGACAUGUCAAAGGAAAGCUGGUUUACUCUGCCGCUCGAUGGUUGGCUAGAAUCCCUCAAGAGGCUGCAAAGGACGAACGAGGCCGGGUUCCCGACUGCCCUUCGUUUCGAUGGCGACGACGUCGCGGCCGUGCCAUUCGCUUGGGUAGAUGCCUUUGAUGGGUACUACGGAUACCACUAUUGGGGAGUCAUGCCCGGAAUCAAGCGCGGGGGGCAAGCAGCUCAGGGGCUUUGGUCGCUCUUCGGGUUUGUCCUCUGGGAUGCGCCACGGGUGGAGGCUUUAAAGACGGCCUCUUUUCUGUUGUGUUGCAACACGGGCUGGCUGUCUUCAAGCAGCCGUCAGUAAACAUUGUCCCGUUUCG